UUACUUAUUUCAAUCAUUGGAUUGGCGUGUUUGUCUUAUUUUGAAACGUUUAAAGGAUGGUUAGUGCUAAAUUCCAUUUAAAGACUUCUUCGCCGGCGGUGAAAAGUGACUUUACGCCUAAUACUAAAUCGGAUAAGUUGAGUCCUGCGCAACGCGCUGAGAACAGGGCUGCUUUGAGCAGUGCUAACAAGGAUGAGCUCAUUACUAAGCGUCAGAACUUAUGUUUUGGUGCUAAACUACAGCCGGAAUGGGAGUCUCGGAGUUUGAACAUCAAUCCCAUACUUUCUGAUGACCUCCACCGAUUUUUGGGCAAUGAGCAGCACACGCAGCGCUGGGCAUUGGCUAAACAUGCCAUGCACAUUUGUUUGUCCAACGUUAAACGCAUCCCUUAUAUUUGGGGUUUGAUUAUUAUGAUCAUCAACAUCGUCGCGCCACCUUUGCUGCGUAAGGGUACUCCGCGUAUGUCCUGGCGUGGUAAUGCGGGUGUCCUGAUAGCUUCGUUUGCUGUAUCGUUUAUCAUCAGUGGUUUUGAUGUUUUGAAGCGUUUUAUUGUUGGUCGUUGUGUUGACUACAAGCGUUAUUACGUUUUGCAACCUAAGAAGUCUCGUCUUAAGAAGGUUCCUGCUUGUGACUUGGUCGUUGGCAACAUCAUUAAACUCACGUGUGAUGAGCUGGUUCCCACUGAUAUGAUUAUAUUGUAUUCCAGCAACCCUGAUGGCCAGGUACAUGUUGACUCUUCUCUUGUUGACGGUGACCGUGACCUUAAGAUAAAGUACACCACCAAGUAUGCGAAGGUUGAGUCUUCUAUACAUUCCUUUUCUAACCUCCGUGGUCAGAUUGUUUGUGACCGUCCAUCUUCUGAUUUGGAUAAUUUCAAUGCUACAUUGCGUCUAAAGGGUCAUCCUCGUCCCAGGACAGUUUACCUUCAGAAUUUCAUUUUGAAAGGCAGUAUAAUUCGCAACACUGCUACGGUGUAUGGCGUCGUGACUCACACUGGUCUCGACACCAAGAUUGCUCAAAACAUUAACAAGGACUACCAGCGAGUCAAGUUCAACACUGUGGACGUCAUGAUAAAUCACUUUACUGUGAUUGUUGCGAUUAUCUAUUUGGUAUGUCUCUUUGUUAGCAUGGGUACUCGAUGGUCUUCUAUCUUGGCUUCUGAGCGUCGUAAGGCGGGUACUCCUAUGGUUACGGAGUCACUUAUCUUCGUGGCUAUUCGUUUCAUUACCCUUUAUGGUGGUAUGAUUCCGGUAACUCUUCCUGCUGUUGUGGAUGUUCUGAGGUAUGCCUACAGUGCUUACUAUGAUGGUCAUGUGGAUUACUCAUUUCUGAGUGAUGGUGACGUUCAGGACAAGUCGGGUCAAGCUGUCGCUGAGCCUCAUGCCGUUGUUCCUGUUACGUGGACUAUGAACCACGGCCUGUUGGAGGAGCUUGGUAUGGUUGACAUUAUAUUUUGUGACAAGACUGGCACACUCACUACCAAUGACCUGCAGAUAUCGCUGAUAAAUACUGACAACAAGACCUUUGACGUUUCUGGUGACCGUGCUGCCCUGCAGAACGACAUUGAUGCUGAGUUGGAGCACAACGAGAAGCUGGAUCAGCUGUUGCGGCUGAUGUGCGUUUGUAACGUUGCUACUCAGGUUACUGCAACUUCGCAUAUGGAGUGCUCUGGCUUACGCCUCGGGACUACUUUAAGCUUUGGGUCCCUUAAGCACAGUGGUUCUGGUACUUCUGAUAUUUCUGCUGACGCUCCUAGCACUGUGCAAUAUCCCUUACGCACUGCCAAGAGUAAGAUCCACUUUGGCAACGUUUCAUACAUUGACUCUGGUAACCAAUCCAAGUUUACUUAUAAGCACCUGGGUUCCGACAACUCGAUGGAGUUAACUGAUAACGACCAGGAGGCCGACACUGAUGAGGCGUAUGCCUCAUCCACAUUUCCCAGCAAGGGCUGCAGGUCCAUGACCACUCAUACCUACAAAUCACCCUUUAAGGAAUGUGUUUGUAUGAUGGACCUAUCUCGAGACUUGGGCUACAAGUUGCUACAUCGGUCUAAAACUCAUGUCCAAUUUGAUGCUCGAGGCACCCUGGAGACAUUCAGUAUCGUUGGGUUGAACCAGUACAGUCUCCAGCGUCGCCGUAUGUCAAUUGUUAUUAGGAAACCUGACAGUGAGGGUGCUACUAUCUUCGUCAAGGGUUCUGGUGAGACCAUGCUUAGCUUGCUGAGCACCUCCGGUGUCAAUGAUGGCGUUGACCUUGUUAAUCUCCCUGGCAAAAUCGAGCGGCUGACCUGUGAGGGCUACCGCGUAUUGGUUUGUGCUUGUAGGGAACUUACUCCCGAUGAGACGCGUAAUUACCAGCGUCACUACUCCAAUGCCGAGGAGUCCGUCUACAGUGGCGAGAUGCUCCAUGAGGAGGCCACUUUACUCGUAGAGUCAAACCUAAAGUUCCUCGGGAUAAUAGCUUUUAAGGAUGAAAUCCAGGAUGGCGUUCGUGAGACUCUGGACCUUUUACUGGAGGCCGGUGUGCGUGUAUGGAUGACCACUGGUGAUAAUCGUAACGCCGCCAUUGAGACGGCGUACUUGACUAAUCUGUUGACUCAUCCAUGCCGCAUAUUCGACUGCCGGCUGCCGUACACCAGAUCUGAGGAGAUUACGCAGAACGACGUCAACAUGCUGUACGAAACAUUUUUGCAGCAGCGUAACUACAUGAGUCCUGCGGAGCAGUUAUGCCUUGUUGUUGAGGGUUCUGACUUAAAGGACUUCCUUUCGAGUAGCUACUUGCAGACAUCCUUUGUGAACAUGUUGUGCUUUGCUGACGUGGUGAUUGCCUGUGGCCUGUCUCCUACUGAGAAGGCUGACUUUGUGCGACUCGUUAAAGUCCGUUUGACUCCCACGCCCAUUACGCUGGCAAUUGGUGACGGUCUCAAUGACGUCAAGAUGAUGCAGGAGGCUCACAUUGGUGUUGCCGUUUUGGGUACAAGCCCUGAUGCACUGGCCUAUGCUGAUUUUGUUACAACUCACUUUGCUGGUUUGAGGUCACUUUUAUUUUACCAGGGUAGCAAUACCCUGCAGGUAAUGGCUGCUGCUAUAUAUUGGAGCUUCUUCAAGUGCAUUUGCCUCGUGAUGCCUAUAUUCUACUACCAGGGCCACACUGACUGGGCUGGUCUUGAGCUUUAUGGGUCCUUUAUUCAGUUGAUAUUCCACUUGAUUUUCACUGCACUGCCAAUUAUAUUCUGUGGGCUGUUUGACCAUACCAUUGCGGAGUCAAUCUUAACGCAUGUGCCUCUGAUUUAUACCCUUGGUCGUCGUAGAUACCACAUUAACUACUUAUGCCUGGGUUUCGCUGUUCUUGAGGGCAUUGUAUCGUCUAUUUUCUGUUACAUGAGCAUUCAGACUACGGCUGCGGAAUCUCCCAUUUUCGCUGGUGGCAGUACCAUUAGUGCUCGUGCUUUUGGUUUGUUAUGCUCCCUGGGUAGUUUGCAAAUGUCGAAUUCGCGUAUUCUUAUGGACUCCUUCACUAGGAACAACUCCUUCGGCUUGAUAUGGACUCUUGUGUUUUUAGUUGUGAUGCCUCCUGUUUUCAUGGCACUUUGUGUUAUGCUUGGUGGCAAGGCGCUGCGCACUGCUACGUUCCACAUUAUGGCUUGGCCUCCGUUUUAUAUGUUAAUUCCCAUUUGGAUCACCACGGGUGUUGUUUGCCAUGUCUUGAUGGUAUUGACUCAAUCGGUUAUAUGCCCCAACAUUACCAGAUUCUUUAAACAUUGGCUUUCAUCUCAGGUUUGCAAGUGUCCUUACCAUAACCCUAAUACUUCCGCGGAGACUGUGGCUGAUGACGAGGAGCUGACCACUAGCUUCAAGCCUGGUCGUUGUGGAUUGCGCACGGAUGAGCACUAUUGGUGCGACAGCCUGCUGCGCAAAGUCCACAGCGACUUCAAUUUGAACGGUUCUGAGGCUUUGAUGCGUAUGGUUCCAGCUGCCAGGCCCUUUAGGGUGCGUGAGGGUGACUUAUCUGCUGUCCAGCUGGCUAGGUUAAACUCGUCCAAUGUAUUAUCCAAGGACAGCGUGGAUGACAUUAAGAAGAACCAGUCCAAUGUGAACCUUCGUUCAGGUCGUGUGUCGCACUUGAUUGAUCGCAUUACUCUAAGGUUUAAGGACAUGCAGCUGGAGGCUGACUACCGUCUGCAUAAACGGCGUAACAAUUACCGUUCCAACCGUUUAUGGUACCGUAUCAUCUUUAUUGCUAUUGGUAUGUAUUACAUGCUUGACUGGACCUUGGACUACUCCUUAAAGAAGAUGUAUCGCCAUCCCACUCACAUUUACACUUUAUUCCCUGCUCUUUGCGUUGCUUUACUCUGUGUGGGAUGCGCUAUCCUGACUUUUUACACAACUUAUUUUGUGACGCAUAUAAACAAGGCUCUUGGUGUUUUGGUUGUUUCCAUGAUACUUCAUUACAUCAUUUCUCUGAGUUGGAUGGAACCCAUGAGUUCACUACAGCCUCUGGUAUUCCCUAUUCUAACUUAUGUCGUGCUCCACUUUGUGUUUAUCUAUGCCCUGGUAUCGAAUGUGAUAUUUUUACUUGCUGCCAUUGGUAAGCUGGGCACCUCAAUCCAUGUUUUACCCCUGUUUAUCGCGAUUAAUGUAUUUGUUGCCUUUGUGGGAUACCGCCUGGAGUACAACUCUCGUAAGAACUUUUUAUUUGAGUUUUCUGCUAACAAUGCUCGUAAGAAGCAGAGUGAGCUUUUGAACACCAUGCUUCCUACUUUUGUGGUUACCAAGAUGAUUAACGCUCGGCUUAAUGAGGACGGUAUUCCUAUAGGCUUUGAGGCUGAGGAGCACACAUUGGUUUCUGUUGUUUUCUGUGACGUUUGCAAUUUCCAGAACCUCGUUGCCACUGUGGAGCCUACUAUUUUAGUGGAGUUGCUAGACUCACUAUUCCUUGCUUUUGACCGUUGUGCUGAGCAGUUUGGCGCUACUAAGAUUGAAACUGUGUUUGAGACUUACUUGGCUGCUUUGGGUCUUUCUCGUGGUAACAUCAUUUGUCCCUAUGAGGCUGCUGCUAACUCGAUUGACAUGGCUUUGGCAAUGAUAGAGGUUGCGAGAUCAAUUCGGUACACCUCCAUGCAGGAGCGUGAUGAUGGUACCUUUGCUGAGCAGGAUGAUGUAGCUGUUGUUAAGGUUGGCAUUAAUUCUGGCAAGAUCAUUUCAGGUUUGGUUGGUUUCAAGAAGCCGCAGUACGCUCUUUUUGGUGACACCGUGAACACUGCCAGCCGUAUGAAAACCACUGGUGAAUCGGGUUAUAUCCACAUAUCAACUAGUACCUAUGACCUCGUUAAAAGUGACGUCACGCUCCACUUUGAGCACCGCGAGACCUUUGUCAAGGGCAAGGGUAUCAUGAACACCCAUUUGCUGAUAUCUGCUGAGGGUUCCUCCUACCCUCACUUUGAGGUUAUGGAGCGCAGCAGCACUCUUGACGGCCUGGGUCCUACGUUUACUGAGCCGCCUUCUACUGCCUUGAUUCCCUUGCGCACUGACAGCCUCGAGGUAGCUCAACCUAAUCGCAGUGGUUCUGACAAUAUCGUUUUAUUUGAGUGCGUGGAGAAGGACCACAUUUUGAACAAGUUGGUUUCGAUGACUUCUUUACGCCGGGGUGUGAGUGCCGGUUCUCGUUCAUCUCUCCCUCUGUAUGCAGGUGACAAUGACCGUGCUUUUGCACGGUCACUUCGUAUAUCAGCGGCUGUUGGCGUCCUUGGUGACAAUGAGGAGGCCAUGGCAUCUCGCAGUCAGAAUCCAUUUUUGCGCAACGGGAGCUCCUACAGCAUGCACUCGGGCUCUGCCACUUCAACUGCAUCCAGUGGCGGCCGGUGCUUAUCGCUGAGGCGCCGUACCAACACUACGGGCACGCCCACCAACGCCUUUGGCAGCAAUGACAUAUCUCGCACCUCAACCUUGCUAAAAGAAGCUGUUGAGGAGGAGGACGAGCUGAAUACCCGUAUUGACGGCGGUGAAAUGCAGAUGCAGACUACUGAAUGGCUGUUUUUGAAAUUCCACGACAGGCUUCAGGAGGAUCGUUACAGGUCACACUUUUACAACAAUCGCACUCACAUCAACACUAUAGAGCAGUCCUUGGUUAUAUUCCUUAUGGCAUUUAUAUUCCAGAGUCUCCUGGAGGUUGCCGUUCCCCGUAGCUUCGAGGACCGUGAGAAGGUUGAAAGGCUUGUGUUCUUUAACUACACUGUUUAUUGGACUGUACGUUCCAUUUACCUCCUGCUUCUGUUCGUCAUGUGGCUAUUGUUUAGGUUCAAUUUACGUGAUAGCACUGGCGACUCUAACUGGAACAUGUGGCUUACAUUUGCGUUGAACUUAUUCUUCGUGAGUGCUGCCUGUGUGUUCUCGUUAUCUGGUUCCUGGGCUGUUGAGCACAACCACCCGAAUUUUCAUUUGGCUAAUAUCUGGCUACCAUCGGAUAAUUUCAAGUUUUAUACCUAUAUCGUUGUGAUACAUCAUAACAACGGUAUGUUGUUCCAGACGUGUUUGUUAGUGGAUUCCUUGUUCAUGGUCAUUUCAAUGUCCUUUAUCAACUUCAGUGUUGCCCACAGCAUCGUUUCUGCUGGUGCUAGGUUUACUAUCCCAUGUUAUAUCCUAUUUAAUCUCGUCUCGGCCCACUGCAAGGAGUCGAUUGACAGGGCUACUUUCUACUCUAAUGAGAAGGCAAGGAUGAUUGAGGCUCGUGUAGGCCAGAUGCUCAACGACAUGUUGCCCAAGAGUGUCCUCGAGGAGUUUAAGCACGACAAGCUGAAGAUGUCCUACUGCCACGAGAAAAUGUCGUUUCUAUUUUCUGAUAUUGUGGGUUUCACCCUAUGGGCUAAUUCCGUGGAUGCCGGUCAGGUUAUCACGCUGUUGCAGAGGCUGUUCGCUAGGUUUGACCGUAGCAGUACUAAGCACGGGUUAUACAAGCUGUGCACUAUUGGUGACGCUUAUGUGGCUGUGAGUGAACCUGCUAUUGAGGUACCUACUGAGCAGGAGGCCAUUGCCAAUAUUGAUGGCAUCCUUCAGAUGGCUCAAUCUAUGAUUCGUACCAUUCGGGACGUCCGUGAAUCGUUUGAUAUCCCUGGUCUUAACAUGAGGAUCGGUUUACACUACGGCCAUGCUGUUGGGGGUGUCAUUGGUUCAGGUCGUCUUCGAUAUGACCUUUGGGGCAUGGAUAUCCAUACUGCCAACGCCAUGGAGAGUCACGGUAUACCCGGUAAGAUCAACAUUUCUGAGCGUUUGAAGCUGAUUUUGAUGACCAACUUCCCGGAAAGGUUCACGUUCGAGUUCCACAGCGACGUUCAGGUCAUUGACCGCUGUGUCCGUAGUUUCAUUAUCACAUCAGAUUCCAACGACAGCUGGUCUUAUUAAUUAUAGUAACUAUAUAUGUAGUGAUACCUUGGUAGCUCAGUUGAUAUAUAGUCAUGUCCAAGGUUAGCCGGCUGGCUAA